AUAUUCCUGGAAGCUGUCUCUUGUUCUUCUCUGGCCCAGCAGAGUCCAGCCUAACCAUGGGUUUCGAUUACUAUGCGGUGUUGGAAAUCACCAGGAGUGCCCAGGAUGCAGAUAUAAAGAAGGCGUAUCGGAAAUUAGCUCUGAAGAACCACUGGUUAAAUGCCCGGGAUUCAAAUUCAGCAGAGCGAUUUAAGCAGAUAGCAGAGGCCUAUGAUGUGCUCAGUGACCCUGUAAAGAGAGCCAUCUAUGAUAAAUUUGGAGAGGAAGGCCUGAAGGGCGGGAUCCCCCCUGAAUUUAGUUCCCAGUUAACAUGGACAAAGGGUUAUGUCUUCCAUGGGGAUGCCAACAGAGUCUUCCAUGAAUUCUUCGGGGGAGACAACCCCUACAGUGAGUUCUUUGAUCCUGAUGGCAUGGAUGUGAACUUGAACUUUGGGGGACUUCGGGGUCGUGGGAUCAAGAAGCAGGACCCUCCGAUCGAGCGAGAUCUCUACCUGUCCUUGGAGGAUUUGUUCUUCGGCUGCACCAAGAAGAUCAAGAUCUCCCGAAGGGUAAUGAAUGAUGACAGAUUCUCAUCUACCAUCAAAGACAAGAUUCUGACAAUUGAUGUCCGGCCAGGCUGGAGGCAGGGUACCCGAAUCACUUUUGAGAAGGAAGGAGACCAGGGUCCCAACAUCAUUCCAGCAGACAUCAUCUUCAUUGUCAAGGAGAAACUGCACCCUCGAUUCCGGAGGGAGGAUGACAAUCUCUUCUUUGUCAGCUCCAUCCCCUUGGGCAAGGCUCUGACCUGCUGCACAGUAGAGGUGAAGACCCUUGACGAUCGUCUACUCAACAUCCCCAUCAAUGACAUAGUACAUCCCAAGUAUUUCAAGAAGGUGCCUGGUGAGGGGAUGCCCUUGGCCUCGGACCCCACCAAGAAGGGGGAUCUCUUCAUUCUCUUUGACAUCCAGUUCCCCACUCAUCUCACACCUACCAAGAAGCAGCUGUUGAAGCAGGCACUGCUGACGUGACAUUCACCCUACAUUCCUUCCCUGAAGGCCAGCCUGACUGUACAGGG